CACUCUCUUCCUCACUCUCUAACUCCCCACUAAACCCACCAGCUUAGCAAAACCAGUAGAUAUUUUAUCUCCUCCUCCUGCUCUGCUGAACCAGAGCAAUGGCCAUGGCUCGCCGCCACGUCACUCUCCUCUGCUGCUCGCUUCUGCUCCUCCUCUCCGUCUUGGCUUCACAUUCAGAUGCGGGUUCAGUCGGAGUGAACUACGGCAGAAUCGCCGACAACCUUCCGUCGGCCUACAAGGUUGCUGCCCUUAUCAAGUCUCAGGGCUUGGAGCGGGUCAAGGUCUUUGACUCCGACCCGGCCGUGCUCCGGGCCUUGUCCGGAUCCGGAAUCAAGGUCACUGUAGAUCUGCCCAACGAGCUUCUCUCUUCGGCGGCCAAGACCCAGAUGUUUGCCACCAACUGGGUCCAGCGCAACGUCGUCGCUUACCAUCCCAACACCCAAAUCGAAGCCAUUGCCGUCGGGAACGAGGUCUUCGUCGACACCCACAACACCACCAAGUACCUCAUCGCCGCCAUGAAGAACAUCCACACCGCCCUCGUCAAGUUCAACCUCGCCUCCGACAUCAAGGUCUCCUCCCCCAUUGCCCUCAGCGCCCUCCAGAACUCGUACCCGUCCUCCGCCGGGUCAUUCCGACCCGAGCUCGUCGAACCCGUCUUCAAGCCCAUGCUCGACUUCCUCCGUCAAACAGGGUCCUACCUCAUGGUGAACGCUUACCCGUACUUCGCCUACGAGUCUAACGCUGACGUCAUCUCCUUGGACUACGCUCUGUUCCGCCAGAACCCCGGUGUGGUCGACGCCGGCAGCAACCUCCGUUACUUCAGCCUCUUCGACGCCCAAAUCGACGCCGUUUUCGCCGCCAUGAGCGCCCUCAAAUACGACGACAUUGAGAUGGUCGUUUCCGAAACCGGUUGGCCUUCCAAGGGAGACGAGAAUGAGGUCGGAGCCAGCCUCGAAAACGCAGCUGCCUACAACGGAAACCUCGUCCGUCGGAUCCUAACCGGCGGUGGGACCCCACUGCGCCCGAAAGCAGAUCUGACCGUCUAUCUCUUCGCUCUCUUCAACGAGGACAGGAAGAACGGCCCCACAUCGGAGAGAAACUACGGCCUGUUCUUCCCCAAUGAGAAGAAAGUGUACGACAUCCCGUUCACCGUGGAAGGCCUUAAAAACUACCACGACCACCAGUCCCCUGUUUCCGGCAACCAACACGAGACAUCUCCGGUGACUUCGCCGGAUACCGGGACAGGUGACGUCUCCAAGACUAUGACCGGGAACACGUGGUGCGUGGCGAAUGGUGAGGCGGGUAAAGAGAAGCUGCAGGCGGCUCUAGAUUUCGCUUGCGGUGAGGGAGGUGCUGAUUGCCAUCAGAUCCAGCCCGGUUCCACGUGUUACGAUCCUAACACUCUCGAGGCCCACGCCUCGUUCGCGUUCAAUAGCUAUUACCAGAAAAAGGCGCGCGGAGCCGGCACGUGCUAUUUUGGCGGGGCGGCCUACGUAGUCUCGCAGCCACCUAAGUAUGGGAAAUGUGAGCUGCCCAUGAGCUGAAGGAAGAAGAAGAAUGAGGCAAUUAAGGGGAGUUUUGUGGGUUAAUUAGCUAUGCUAAAUUUGCUAAUUGUAGUAGUGGGGUUAUUGUUUCAAUUUUUUUUUUCUUUGAGGGCCCUCUUGUUAUUAGGGUUUGGUACUUUUAUGUUGUUGUAGACCUUUCUUAACUUUAACUAUGAUGUUCAUAUUUAUAUAAAUACAUUUCAGUUUCCUAGUA